AUUUGGCGGGAAGCUAAGUACCACUAGUGUCGUUUCUCGUUUCAUUCUUUAACAUUUACAUUAUCGUGCAGAAUUUGUUUAUAUUGUAAAAAUAUGCCUGAUAUAACCAUCAAUGGAAUUGUUAUUAAUUUUCCUUUCAAACCAUAUCCCGUUCAAGAAGAGUACAUGGCUAAAGUUAUAGAAUGUUUACAAAAUAGUAAACAUGGUGUUUUAGAAUCUCCAACAGGUACUGGAAAGACACUUAGUCUUUUGUGUGCCUCGUUAAGCUGGUUGAUUACAAAGAAGGCUCAUCUGCAAGCCGAAGCAAUAGUUGGAGCUAUUGAAAGAUCUGACUUAAGUGGGCAUUUCUUUAAUAAAUUAAAUGAUGGCCUUGAAAAAGCAGCAGGAGUAUCAGACAAUACCGCUUCUUUCGGUUGGGCAAUGCCAAAAAUUAUUUAUGCAUCUAGAACGCAUUCGCAAUUAUCUCAAGCGAUGCAAGAAUUAAAACGUACUACGUAUAAACACGUUAAAGUGUCAGUCUUAGGAUCUAGAGAUCAGCUUUGUAUUCAUCCGGAAGUAUCAAAGGAAACAAAUACAUUUAAUAAGAUACAAAUGUGUCAUGCAAAAAUUAAAAGUAAAACGUGCUUUUAUUAUAACAAUGUUGAAACCAGAAAAGAGGAACCAGUUUUUAAACAAGACAUAUUAGAUAUAGAAGAUUUGAUUAAAGCAGGACAAAAGAUGAAAUGUUGCCCAUAUUUUUUGGCCAAAGAAUUAAAACAAAAUGCUGAUAUUACAUUUAUGCCCUAUAAUUAUUUGCUAGAUUCAAAGACGCGUAAGACUCAAGGAAUAGAGAUACAAAAUAAUGUUAUCUUAUUGGAUGAAGCGCAUAAUAUAGAAAAAAUUUGUGAAGAAGCAGCAUCGUUACAAAUAAGCAGUACGGAUAUAGCAAUGUGCAUAGAUGACAUAACUGCGGUAAUGGUAGAUAUUAGCAAGGAUAAUGAAACUGAAAUUGAUUUUAUGAUGCAAGAUUCUGUAAAUGUACAAAAAGAUUUUACUCCAGAAGAUUUAUGCAUCUUAAAAACAAUGUUUUUGACAUUGGAAAAAGCUAUUGACGAUAUUAAAAUUACAAAACAAGAUGAAGGCGAAACAUUCCCUGGAGGAUAUAUUUUUGAACUGUUCGGUAAAGCAGAGUUAACUCAUGGCAAAGAACAGAUAGUGAUAGAAAAAUUAGAGAAGAUUAUCUCCUAUUUAGUUACAACCAGUUCAUCUCCGUUUUCUAGAAAAGGUAACGCGUUACAAAAAUUUGCAGAUGUAUUAAGAAUAUUAUUCAGCAGCGGUACCUCUUUGCAAUAUAGAGAAAGAAUUAAACAAUGUUAUAAAGUAUAUAUUCAAUUAGAGGAACAAAAAAAAGGUCAUAAAAGUAAUGGAUGGCAAACUAAAAAUGUAUCUCUUAAAAAUGAAGGCAAAAUUAUUAGCUAUUGGUGCUUCAGUCCUGGUUUUAGCAUGCAACAAUUAAUAGACCAAAGUGUUCGUUCUGUAAUUUUGACAAGUGGUACGUUAUCUCCUUUAACGCCAUUUAUAUCAGAACUUGGAAUACCAAUAGGUGUUCAACUUGAAAAUCCACAUAUCAUAACGGGUCAACAGGUGUGUGUUGGUGUUCUUAGUCAAGGACCUGAUGGACAUCAACUUAACUCUUCUUUUAAUACUAGAAAUGAUCCAAAGUAUAUAGCAUCUCUUGGACGUACAAUAUACAAUUUUAGUUGUCUUAUCCCACACGGUUUAUUAAUAUUUUUUCCAUCUUAUCCAAUUAUGCAAAAGUGUAAGGACGAAUGGCAAUUUUCUGGUUUAUGGACACAAAUCACUGAACGUAAAUCCAUAUAUGUGGAGCCCAAAUCUAAAGAUGGUUUUCUAAAUGUUAUGCAUGAAUAUUAUCAAAAGAUACAAGAUCCAUCGUGUAAAGGUGCCAUUUUUAUGGCCGUAUGUAGAGGAAAAGUAAGCGAAGGUUUAGACUUUGCCAAUGCCAAUGGUAGAGCUGUAUUAAUCACCGGUCUUCCAUUUCCACCUAUGAAAGAUCCAAGAGUUAUAUUGAAGCAACGAUAUUUAGAAGAAAUCCGUCGUAAUGAUAAAAAGGCAUUAACAGGACAGCAAUGGUAUCAACUUGAAGCUUCACGAGCCGUUAAUCAGGCUAUUGGUAGAAUUAUACGUCAUAAAAAUGAUUACGGAGCUAUAAUACUUUGCGAUUGUCGAUUUGAAAAUCAACAUUUUAAACAACAAUUAUCCGCUUGGCUAAGGCCAUAUAUUAAAAAGUUUACUAAUUUCGGGAUGAUUACUAAAGAGCUUAGAGAAUUUUUUCGAUAUACUCAACAGGCUUUUCCACAACCAAAAAUGGCAAAUACUCAAGACAAUAGUAAUCUAUCAUUACCUGCUGUUCCAUGUGCUUUUGAUACAUCAUCACGAUCAAUGAAACGAUCGAUAUCUAAUACUAAAGUACAGUCAACUCUAAAAGAAACGUUUAAUAUCGAUCAAUACAUGGAUGAUACUGUUAAAGAACGAUCUAUUCGUAAGACAGAAACGAGUAAUAUUUUUUCCGAGUUUGCAUCGACCAGUAAAAAAUCUGUGAUAAAUUUUGGUCAUUGCAAAUUAGGAGAAAGUAGCAAUAAUUGUACAUUAGCGAAGAAUUCUAUCGAGCCGGUUGUAAAAAGAAGAAAAAUCAAAAUUGUUACAACAGAAUUUAAUACGAAUCUAUCCGAUCUUUCAACUUCUAGUAAUACUGUGAAAAAUGAUACUAAUGAAUCUAAAGAAAUGUCUGAUGAAACUAAUAAGGAAAUAGACAAGCGCGAAAUGGGUAAAACGUAUAUCAAAGAUGUAAAACGGUCAUUGACAGAGGAGAAUUACAAAAUAUUUGGAAAUACUAUUAAAGAAUAUACUAAAACUAGUGAUUUGAACGAAUUGUUGAAAACAUUGGAAUAUCUGUUUCCACCGAAGGAUAAAUUGCAACAUCUUUUCAUAGGAUUCAAAACUUUCUUGAAAAAAAGGCACGUUGAACUUUUCGACGAGUACGUUAAGAAUAUAAAUAAAUAAAGAAGACGUAAUAAUUUGAUGAUUUAAAUAUAAAAUUAUGAAUAAGACGA